UCAAAGCCGCCGGGGGCGCGGAGACCCGGCAUCUGCCGAGCAGCCUCCGGACCCGCCGAUCCGCCGAGGCUUUCGUGUCCGGCGCCCGUCGAGCCGCCGCGUCCGUGUCCGCCGCGCCCCGCCGCUGCCGCCCCAAACUUUGGCCAGUGCCACCCAGGCUCCGCGCCAGGGACCAGCCAGGGGUUUUCAAGAUGAAUUAUACCGAGCCCAGUCCAUUGGCAGAAUCACCUGCAAUAGGUUUUACACCUGAGUUAGAAAGUAUCAUACCUGUGCCUUCCAAUGGGACUUCUUGUGAAAACUGGAGAGAGAUACAUCAUCUAGUUUUUCAUAUAGCAAAUAUUUUUUUUGCAGUUGGGUUGGUUAUUCCAACUACUCUUCACCUUCAUAUGAUACUUCUUAGGGGGAUGUUAACUAUAGGAUGUACCCUUUAUAUCGUCUGGGCCACUCUCUACCGAUGUGCCUUGGAUAUCAUGAUCUGGAACUCUGUGUUCCUGGGGAUCAACAUUUUGCAUCUUUCGUAUCUUUUGUACAAGAAAAGACCGGUAAAGAUUGAAAAGGAACUCAAAGGCAUCUACCAGCGAUUGUUUGAACCACUCCAUGUGCCUCCAGAUUUAUUCAGAAGAUUAACCGGACAGUUUUGCAUGAUCCAAACGUUGAAAAAGGGCCAGGCCUACGCUGCAGAGGAUAAAACCUCAGUUGACGACCGUCUGAGUAUUCUCCUGAAGGGAAAAAUGAAGGUCUCCUAUCGAGGACAUUUUCUGCAUAACAUUUACCCCUGUGCCUUUAUAGAUUCUCCUGAAUUUAGAUCAACCCAGAUGCACAAAGGUGAAAAAUUCCAGGUCACCAUUAUUGCAGAUGAUAACUGCAGAUUUUUAUGCUGGUCGAGAGAAAGAUUAACUUACUUUCUGGAAUCAGAACCUUUCCUGUAUGAAAUAUUUAGGUAUCUGAUAGGAAAAGACAUUACAAAUAAGCUCUACUCAUUGAAUGAUCCGACCCUAAAUGAUAAAACCAUCAAAAAGUUGGACCACCAGCUCAGCCUUUGCACGCAGCUCUCCAUGCUGGAAAUGAGGAACAGCAUAGUCAGCUCCAGUGACAGCGAAGACGGCUUACACCAGUUUCUUCGGAGCACCUCCAGCAUGUCCUCUCUUCAUGUGUCAUCCCCCCACCAGCGAUCCUCCGCCAAGAUGAAACCAAUAGAAGAAGGGGUGGAAGAUGACGACGAGGUCUUUGAACCCGCGUCUCCAAAUACAUUUAAAGUUCGUCAGUUGCCUUGAUUCCCAAGAGAGGAUUCAAGUUACCAGGAUGGGAACUAUCUUGAAGAGAUCCUGAAAAAUACCAGCAGUUUUUCAUUGCUUUUAGAUUUUUCUGCUUUAGUACCUUCAGCCUGUAGAGUCUGAGGGCGGGAAAGCGAGGGAGAUUCCAAAACCGAAGGUUAUCUUCGCUCUCGUUUUACUAGUCAGCUUUUUGUUUUACUGAGCCCUGCAACUAAACCUAGUGCUAUUUUGAGAGAGAGAUUUUCGCAGUACUUUCUACAUGUGUUUACCUUGAACUUUUAAAAACAUCGUAGCGCUCCGUCACUGCAGAUGCCUCCACUCAUCUUUCCGAGCUGUUGCUCAUGGUCCUCAGAGACAGCUUUUCUUCUAUGGAGUUGUCCAUUUGAGAGUUUUAACAACCAGUGUUAAGUUUGAAAUUGAGGCUAAGGGAACACUAAAAAGCAAGGCAUCUCAGGCUUUGUUCUGCUGAUGUUUUGGAUGGAAAAUUUUAAAGACAGACACAAUGUGACUUGUGUGUAUUUUUCUCUUAGGCCUGACGCGUCUCUCCCCCGGGCUGCCUCACGUCCGUGGGCAGAGUGGAGACACUUGCUAACGAACAGACCCCUCAGACCUGCCCACACCACCCGGGUACGGUGCUGUUUAUAAGCAGGGCUGAAAACUGGAGCAGAGAGAGAACGGCGGGAAGCAGUUCUGAGCUGCGUGUCUGCCUGGGGCUGAGCCCGCUCAGCUCGGCCCAGGCUCUGCUGGGGGGAGCACGUUCCCUGGGGUCAGGAGGACCAGAGAGUCAAGUAGGCCAAUCAGGUGUCACAGAGUGACUGACUGACAGAGCCACUGCCUUCUUUAGUCACUAUCCUGACGUUUCAGGCUGUUUCCCCAGGGCCACAGAGGUCUCCUUAGGACCUGUGCAGGACACCAGUACCAGGGCUGUGGGUGUGGACACAGUUAUGGGGCAGAUGGGUCACCACAGGCCCCGCCAUGGGCACCCAACCUAGACAGUGCUGUGUGGGCCUAGAUUCCAGGUCCCUCUUUUCUACUGGAGUCGUGUUUCAGGAAAGGGUGGUUGGUACUGGGGAAAUGAGAAGAUGUGCUUCAGUCAUCAGGAGGGUGAAUGUGGCUGUGACCCCUGGCCAAGCCACUCGCCGGGGGAAGCCCACUGAAUGGCAGCCCCACAUCAUUCCCCACUGACCUUGAUUUUGUGUCAUCCGCUGGAACCGACUUUGAGUCAGCCCCCUGUUAUAAAUAGCCAAGAAAAGUUCCAAAUGAAAUUAUUUUCAGAUGAGCUGAGCCAGAAGCAUCUUUUGCCAAGAGGUGAUUUCUGUUAGAGACGAUAUAAAAAUAAGCUAUUCUAGGGUCACCUCAUUUCCUCAUUUUUUAAGCCAGUUAUUUUAGUAAUUUCUCUUGAGCUAAAUUUUCAUGUUUGGUCACUGACUGAGAAAAUUUCCGCAGAGUGGGUAUCCAGCUCCUAAUGUAUUUAUCAAAUGUUGGCUUUUUAACAUUACCGUAGAAAGGCUGAUUUCACUUUAUGGCUAUAGUGGUGUCUUCUGUUUGCUAAAGUAGGAAUUUAUUUUGGGGGAAUGAAACAAAGGUGAAUGUCUUUAUCUGGCUUUAAUUGUAAAGAUGCAGCGGGUUGAACUAUCUCCUCCUGUGCCUGAAUCACGUGGAAAAUGUCAUGGGGUUAAUCCUUCUUUCCUUUACCUACUGGAGAGAGGUCAUGCAGGCCACUGAGUUUAUACAUGCAGGAAACUAAUUUACAGAACUACUCUACAGAGUAAUUCGACACUACGUCCUUCUCUGAGUAGAAAGUACUUUUAGAUUCUGCAGUAGCCAUGUUUUUAAUGUUCUCCGAGUCCACAGAACCUUGGGGUCUCCUUACCCUGACCCACCUUCAGGCUUGUCUCACUUGUCAACCUCAGACGGCAGGGGGGGUCACCUCUAAUGAUCAGCCUGCAUGUGUCUGGAGGUGG